CCGAAGGGUGUGUGUUGUGUGAGGGGGAGAGAGGAAUGCCGCUGCCGGUGGCGGCGGGGCCGGGCUCGGGAUGAGCUGGAAGGCGCGCUGGGGCCCUACCCCAGAGCGGCCGCCUCGCGGCGAGGGGGACCAGUCGUCGCCGCCGCCUCCGUCGCCUCCCCGGGAACCGCCGCCCCCGGAAGCCGCAGCAGCAGCCUCAGCAGUGGCGGCGGCCGCCGUUUCGGUGCCCGGCGGGGGCCUGUUCGCGUGGGUGCGCGGGCGGCGCCUGGGCCAUGGCGGCCGCUGCGUGGAGCCGGCGAGGGACACGUUCCGGGCUAUGACGGGGCUCUAUGGCGCCAUCCAGCCCGCCGAUUCGGUUUCGCCCAUCACCCGCACGCACGGCGCCGUCUUCAACCUGGAGUACUCCCCUGGCGGGUCAGUGCUAACUGUUGCUUGUGAACAGACAGAAGUCCUUCUUUUUGAUCCCAUAUCUUCAAAGCACAUCAAAACUCUCUCUGAAGCUCACGAGGACUGUGUAAAUAAUAUCAGGUUUCUUGAUAACAGACUGUUUGCAACUUGCUCUGAUGACACUACCAUAGCACUUUGGGAUCUGAGGAAGCUGGACACAAAAGUGUGUACUCUGCAUGGUCACACUAGCUGGGUAAAGAACAUUGAAUAUGACACUAACACAAGACUGUUGGUAACAUCAGGAUUUGAUGGAAAUGUUAUCAUUUGGGAUACCAACAGGUGCACAGAAGAUGGUUGCCCUCACAAGAAGUUCUUUCACACCCGCUUUCUCAUGCGCAUGAGGUUGACACCAGACUGUUCCAAAAUGUUGAUCUCAACCUCGUCUGGGUAUCUCCUGAUCUUACACGAUCUUGACUUAACCAAAUCCUUAGAGGUUGUCAGCUAUCCGAUUUUAAGAGCUAGGAGAACAACAUCCAAUUCGGAUUUGACAUCUGCCACGUCGUCCAUUCCUCGGAGCGCUGGGUCACCAUGUCAUCAGAGUGACACAAACCUAGUGUCUGAGAAGCUUAUGGUACGAGCUACCCAGCGAGAAGGUGGAUCUCCGCGCAAUAGUCUUGAGGUUUUAACCCCAGAAGUUCCUGGAGAGAGAGAUCGCGGGAACUGCAUCACAUCGCUGCAGCUCCAUCCCAAAGGAUGGGCUACACUUCUUCGAUGCUCAAGUAACACUGAUGACCAAGAGUGGACUUGUGUCUACGAAUUCCAAGAAGGAACUCCGGUCCGGCCCGUUUCUCCUCGCUGUUCCCUCCGAUUGACUCAUUGCAUUGAGGAAGCCAAUGUUGGCCGGGGCUAUAUCAAAGAACUCUGUUUCAGCCCUGACGGCCGGAUGAUCUCCUCCCCGCACGGCUAUGGGAUUCGCUUGUUGGGAUUUGACACCCAGUGCAGUGAACUGGUGGACUGUUUGCCCAAAGAAGCCGCCCCCUUGCAAGAGAUUCGCUCGCUCUACUCGCACAACGACGUGGUCCUAACCACCAAGUUCUCCCCGACGCACUGUCAGAUUGCCUCCGGGUGCCUUAGCGGUCGUGUUUCUUUAUAUCAGCCAAAGUUCUAGGCACCUCUUGCCUUGAAAAGAACAUUUGACUUUUUUUUUUUAAUUCAGUUUAGUUGGAGUCUUCUUUCUUUAAAAAAAAGAAAAACUUGUAAAUUUGGACAAGUACAGAGUUACUCUGACCCUUGGACUGAAGAAAAAAAAAAGACAGGUUCAGUCCAGCCCUUUAUGUGUGCGUGCGUAUGUGUGUGCGUGCUGUGAUUCUGAAUUCACACACCAGACUUCCUGCUCAUUCUUUCUCUUUCCUCCUGAUGAUUCCACUUGUGUCGUUUGGAUGUAGCAUGGCAGCACUUCUAAGUCUUGUCUUUCCGUGUGACUCUUAGUGCAAGAUGCUAGCUGGGCGUGAGAAGGGGGGGGGACACCCAGACACAGCCCACAUGCUUCCUUUGCCUGGAGUUUGCUGUAUUUUUCUUCUUCUUCUUCUAGGAAUGAAGCAGUUCUCUCGCACACUAGAUUAGAUACAGCCAGCAAAUGCAUUGUUUUUUGUUCGUUUGUUUUUUGUGAACUACGGGAAAUGCUGUUGCUACAUUUUGGUAUUGUUCUGCUAUAGUUCAAUCUGUUGGCUGGAGUUCCUAAAAUUGUAUGCUGUUUAUUGACAGUUCUUCCCCCCCACCCCAUCCAAAAAAUGACUGGAAGCACAGUUAUUCUUCCUUGUUUUACUAGAUAUAAAAUUUGUUGAGAACUGGAUAGCUUAACAUCUUGCCCUCACGAGUCUUGUACAGGAGCACCUUCUAUAAUAAUGUAUGGGCAUGGGAAGGAGUGUUCGUUGUUCACCUGAGUAUGUGCCCAAAAACUUAGAUAUACAAUCCAGCAGGAAGUCCUGCACAAAUCUAAUUGAGAUGAGACUUGAACAGCAGAAUUUUCUGUUGAACUGUGUCCAAACACUAUGAUGGCUUCCAUCACUGUGGAAGGCUUUUGGAAUUAAUAAAACCAUUUUUUCCAAUAUCAAACUAAAUUGUUGCCCCAUACUGUUUCCAUUUUGCAACAUUAUAAAGGCCCGCUGGCCUGUUAUUUAUGUGCCUUGCGAGCCACAAAAGUAUGCUACUCCAUCUGGGAAAAGGCCCACCAUAUAUGAGGAUUGGUCAAAAAGUUUUGUCAGGAUGAUACUUUCUCUCCCAUGGCAAUAACAACACAUAAUUCUUAGCACAUAAUUGUUAGAUCCUUUAGAAGCAUUCUGCAGAUCUUCAUUAAAAUGGCUUUAAAUUGUUUCACCGUUACAGACGCUUGUGUGAAAUAAAUCGAACCAUCAUA